UAGCGACAAGCCGUGCGGACAGCAGCCAGCCCAGCCAGCCCACGAGCUCACUGGCUCACCAACCCAGCCAGCCAGCCCAGCCAGCCCAGCUCACCGGUCAGCUAACCCACGAGCUCACUAGCUCACCAACCCAGCCAGCCAGCCCAGCCAGCCAGCUGACUAUACUAGCAGCCAGCUGACUAUACUAGCAGCCAGUCGGCUCACAUCCAGACUACAAACAACACUGAACCGGCCAGUACAGCAGCAGCCAGAGAGGCGGCCUCAACUAUCCGGGCAUCCAGCGAGCCGCAGCAACACACACUUGUUGUAACAAGCAUGUCGGCGGAGGACGACGGCUUCUCGUUCGCGCGCAAGUUCGGAAACAUCUACCUGAGCAUCCUGGCGCUCUUCUGCUUCAAGCUGUGCGUGAAGCUGAGCCUGGCGCUGCUCAGCCACUUCUACAUCGUGCGGGGGAACCGCAAGGAGGCGGCGCGCAUCGCCAGCGAGUUCUACGGCAUCGCGGAGCACAGCGGUAUGGCCCCGUGCGCUCUCUCACUCGGCGCCGCGCGUUGUCGAGUGCGCAGGCGGUGCAACUGCGCCAGGGCCCCCAGGGGCCAGCGUGGCCCAAGCGUCGGGCUACGAAGAGGAUCGUGGGCCGACCGGAGCCUGCAGCAUGAAGCUGCGAGCCAGGGACGUCUUCUCUCACUCAAAACGUACAUCGCACAGGGCUGCAAUGUGAAUGCGUUGACGAUAGACCAGGUGACCCCACUGCACGAGGCGUGUCUUGGGGGGCAUGUGUCCUGUGCUCGAGCCCUCAUCCAAGCGGGGGCCAUGGUGAAUGCUAUGACGAUAGACGGUGUGACCCCGCUGGUGAAUGCGUGCGUGCGCGGGAGCCCUGCGUGCGUGAAGCUGCUCCUGGAGAGCGGCGCAACCCUCUACUGCGCCGCACACACCACCCCGCUGCACGAGGCGGCCACUCGUGGUCACGUGGACGUGCUGGAGACGCUGCUCGAGUUUGGGGCAAACAUCGAUGCGGAGCUGCCCCACACAGGGACGGCGCUGUAUGCGGCGAGCCUGCAUGGCCGCGAUGCCUGUGUGCGGGCUCUGUUACGUGCAGGCGCGGACGUCAACAAGGGGUGUUUCCGCACCACUCCACUGCACGUGGCAUCGCGCGCGAUGCACGGCAGCACAAUGGAUGUGCACGGCAGGGUGCGCGCCGUGCUGGGCCUGCACGGCCUGCUGGGCGUGCACGACGAGGGGGGCGACAACGGCGCGCACGGCGGCGUGUGCUGCACCGCGCACGGCCUGCGCCUGGUCGGGCUGCUCCUCGAGUUCGGAGCCGACGUCAACGUUAGGGACGCGGACGGCAAGCGAGCGGUGGAUUACGCGCACCAUGCACACCCCGAGUGCACGCUGCAACAGUUGCUGCAGUCGCACGAAGACCCGCAGUCUCUCACGCAGAUAUGCAGACUGGCGAUACGAAAGAAGCUUGGUCGAGCGCGACUGCACAUGAUAUCUUGUCUACCCCUGCCCAGAAUCAUCACCAACUACCUGCAGUACUGCUAGGCUUGUACGAACACUUGCGCGCGUUUGUACUUGCUGUCGCACUAGAAACAUAAAAGUGUCUGCUUUAAAACGAGGCUGAAUGUCACAAGCAUGCACUUAACUCUCACCCGCUCAUUUGCUUGUGCCAAUUUGGUGGUGUUGCGUCGCGUCUUGAAAGUGAAUGUGUGCAUAUGCCGAAUCCACUGAGCGGAUUGUGGCUGUCAGGUAGGGGAAGUUGCCAACACUGUUGACGUGCACAACAUUACAUGUGCAAGCUGUUAAUUGUAAUGUGGAGGCAAUGUAUAAUAUGAACCCGUCAGCAUCUAACAAGUUACAUGGAUUUCAUGGAAUGGAAAACCUGAGGGAGAGUUUUUACCUCUUCAGGCAAAAUCCCCAAAGGUUUACGGAUGUAGACUGCACCUUGAUCAUGGAAAAGUCACUUCCCAAAGCUCACGCACUACACUAAUUAGCAACUCGUUUUAUUAACACGUAGGGUUUUGCAGACAGUGUUAUGAUUCAUAUAUUUUUGUUGUGCAGGCUACAAUGAUCUGGUGAAAUUGUUAAGACCCUCCACCCAACUAACAGCCAAAUUAAUUGUCACGUGUACAAGAAUUUGCCGCAUAAAUGGUUAUUGUUUCAGCUCACUGAUAAGUUAAAGAACAAUCCUCACAACCAAAUAGCAAUUAGAUAUGUUUCAUUUGAAAUCCACCAAUCAGAUCAAGAUCACGGAAGAGUGAACAACAAUCAAGUAAGUCGUUUUGACUUGCCGAUUCUGACUUCCUGGAUUGCGGUGUGAAAUGAAGUCCCGUAUCCGAUUGAUAAACCUGUUUGCGAGGAUUGUUCUUUCAACUUGCCGCGAGCUGAAACAAUAAAUGGCGCGUUAAACACUGGUACACGCGACACAUUUUCUGGCGGCGUCGGAUGGUGGAGGAUCUCAACGACAGAUUUUAGUCGUAUCAUUACGUGGCCUAACCCAAAAGAAAUUAUGAAUCCGGUUUUCAUUUUUGUACCUUUUCCAGCCAUGUACAGAAAUAUGGACUUUGUUGCUGUUAUUGAAUUGUGUUUAA